AUGGCGAUCGAAUGCUCAGCCCCAGCCGUCUCCCCGACCCCACUCUAUCCACAACCACCAUCUUCACCACCCGUCGACGUCAAACGACUGUCUCGAUCAAAACCGAAUCACCGCCACACGCAGAGUCUAGGCCUGCUUUCACCAAUCCCGAGCCGGGAGAGUCUCCGCGAUCCAGACCACAACGCUGCAAGCACGAGCCAACUGCCCAGUCCCCAUAAAAGCACCCCACAUUUUGCGGAACGGACCUCACUUCCCCCUAUGUUGGCCACAUUUUUCCAUUCCGACUCGAUGACCGAGCUUGAUGAGGCUCCGCGCCCGUCUUCUCGCUCGUCGUCGAGACAAUCUCUACCACAAACACACUCGUACUUUGCUCCAAAUACUCCACAACAAGCGUACAGCGGCAAAGACCACCGUCACCAUCCCAUCAAUAAAUCCCCUGCCGCCUCGCCCAGUUCGCAGUCGCGCUUACUUGCGCUGUCUCAGCUUGAGGGCACCAGUCGAACGCCUAUCCGAGAGCAGGACCCAGAGCACGAAAUUCUCAAGGCAAGACUGGAGCGAGUGUUGUCCGCGUCAGGGGCAACCACUUUGUCAUCGAGGAGAACGAGCAGCCAGAGUGUCAACAGCUUGUUCAAGGAGCAGGAUAAGGGAGACACGGUGAAGCGUAGAAGAACCACUGAUUUUACUGACGAGAACGCCAAGACAAUCCGAAUGACUCCUCCAUCUCGACGCCCAGAAGAGUUGGCAAGAAGUACCACGACCUCGCCUUGCGCGAGUCCGAUCCGUCAUAUGUUUGUAUCGACUCCCUCGAGCCCACGCCAAAGUUCUUUCAAUAAGCCCCCGCGACGCAGUACCUAUAGAUCGGCAGAAAGCAGUCCGUCUGUUCGAGCCAGGACUCAGUCCCACACCAGCCCAUCUGAAGCCAAGUCUCGAAUCAGAAGGAAUAGCGCCAUCACAAUGGUUUCAGCCUACUCCACACCAGGGAGUACUCCUCCCUUGUUCACAGACGCAAGGGAUGAAUCUGCCUCGGAGACUGAAGAAGACUGGGACAACUCUCGAAUUAACACACCACCGCUACCGGGCAAUGACCAUUGUGUGGGUUGGUCCACGUUCAAUGCUCGUAAAGCAGCGGCAGAGUGCCGUCAGCUUGACGGAUAUGUGAGCUUUGCAGCUGUCGAGGGGCUUGGAGAGCCUCCCAGUCCUGGUCCACGCGUCAGUGACGAGGAGGCGGAGAAUGCGCGGCGACCACCAAAGCGAAGCAGUUUGGGUGCGGGAAUUGUCGGUCUUUGGCGUGGCUCUUUUUGGUAG